ACCGUUUCCUCCGCCUCCAGCAGCUGCAGCAGGUCGAGAGAGAGAGAGAGAGAGAGAGAGGUCGAGAGAGAGAGCUGGCAAAAUUAAAAAUCGGAAUCUCUCUGCAGCAAAUCCGAUUAUUUGUCUUCAGCAUGCCUCGCCAUCACCGUGCUGUAUAUAUCCCCGAAUACCACCAUUUGGUAGAGAAAAGAAAAACCAAGAGCGCUGUCUGGAUGCAUUUUGGAUUGCCCGCUGAUGAGAACGGCCGUGUUUUGACUGACAAUGGCGCCAUUUGCAAAAUAUGUUUGCAUUCGGUAUCAGCAAAAGGCGGGAACACCUCCAAUCUAAGCAGCCACCUCAAGUUUCACCACCCUCUGAAAUUUAGGGAGUUGUCCGCACCCGUGGCGGUACCUUCCUCAUCAAGAGGCAUUUCCAUUUCUUCACGUACUGCUGCUAAUUCUGACAAUCCUCCAGCUGUAAUGCCGUCAACAGCUAGAGCUGCUGAGCCAGCAAGAACUGAUAGGGAAAGUCCUAGAGGACAGCAAAAAACAGCAUUGGAUUCUCAGCUGCUCCCUUCCAAGACCUCAAGGACUUGCACUCAGGCAAUCGCGCAGUUUCUGGCUACGUGCAUGCAGCCGUACAACACUGUAGAGCACCCCAAAUUUGUCCAGAUGGUGAACACUCUAAACCCGAGGUAUCGGUUGCCUGAUAGGAAAUACUUCACAGCCACGGGAGUUCCAAAACUGUACAGUGACACUGUGGAGAAAAUGAAGAGAGAAAUACAGCGGAUAAAUGAGAGUGAACUGGUCAUCACUACGGACAGUUGGACGUCAGUGGCAGGCACUCCCUUUGUGGCUGUGACGAUACAUUUCAUUUCCGAUGAGUGGAAGUUGACAAGCGCUUGCUUGGCCUGUAAGCAUUUCUUGGAGGACCACACCGCAGAUCACCUUUGUGAAAUGCUCACAGACACCUUUUCGGAGUGGGACAUUGAUGUGAAGAACAUAUUUUGCAGCACGACGGACAACGGCUCAAAUAUUCUAAAAGCAGUCAGGCAGCUUGGUUUCGAGCACAUUUCCUGCUUUGCCCACAAUAUAAGUAUCGGGGUUAACCGAGCUUUGAGCCUGACACCGUUGAAAAGGGCAAUUGGGAAACUGAAGGGUCUGCAAAAUAGCAUUUGCUGCAGCUGGAGGAUGAGGAGAGACCUCGCCAGAGCUCAAGAGCUACUUCAGAUGGACCAAGUCAGUUUGCCAAGCGCUUGCCCCACAAGAUGGUGGAGUACGCUUCAGCUGUGCCAAAGGUUUCUCGAAAACCAAGUUCCACUCUGCAAGGUACUUACGGAGCAUCCAUCUAAAAGACUUUUGAUGUUGGAAGGGGGCGACGUCUCAGCCGUCCAGGACUUUGUGUCUGCAACUACUCUGCUAGAGGACAUCACCACGACUCUAAGUGGAAGCAAUUAUGUCGCGGCGUCAACCAUUCUGCCUCUUUAUAGGCAAAUUAAUAAAAGCCUCCAGCCUGAUGAGGGAGACAGUGUGCUGCUGAAGGACAUUAAACGUGCAAUUUUAGGCGCACUGUCGGAAAAGUACGAUAGCGCUCCCACGGCAACCACUUUAGGCCUGGCCUCGUUGUGCGACCCAAGGUUUCGCCUGUGUUUCUUGGAGGCUCCAGAGGCUGUCAGACAGGAGGCCGUAAAGAAGAUGACAGACUUCCACGAGCGUCUGUGUUCUGCUUCUACGGAGCCCAAUACUUGCCCUGCUCCACCCAAAAAGAAAAGGGGGCUGGCAAAAAUUUUUGAUUUGGAGGAGGAAGAAGAGGACCUAGCAGUGGCAGAUGAUGAAUCGAAAGCAGAAAAAGAGCUAAAGGAGUAUAUGGCUAUGCCAAGAGUGGACAUUGAUGGAUGCCCUCUGACGUGGUGGAAAGCACACGAGGCUUCCUUCCCAAUGUUGAAGGUGCUGGCAAAGAAGUUUUUGGCUAUCCCAGGGACGAGUGUGCCAUCCGAAAGUGUGUUCAGCACGGCUGGCAAUGUUUUUCAAAGACAAAGGUCAUCUCUAUUGCCAGAGAAUGCUGAAAUACAAAUUUUCCUUGAAAAAAACAUAGAUUUCAUGUAAUAAUUUUUUGUUCUGUAAAAUUUUAUCCAUCCUUUCUAGUUUGGCCUGGUUUAUUAAAAAAUGCACAUUUUCCUUGCAAAUAUAUAUAUUUUGUUUAAUUUUUUUUUGUUCUGUGAAAUGUUAUCAAUUCUUUCUAGUUUGGCCCAGUUUGUAAAAGAAACGAAAAUUUUGCUAUCUAUAUAGAUAUAUAAAUAGAUAAAUAUUUUUUCUGUAAAAUUUUAAUCAUUCUUUCUGGUUUGGCCUGGUUUUAAAAAAUGCACAUUUUUGGCAAUAAAAAUAUUGUUUAACAAACUUUUGUUCUGUUAAAAUUUAUCCCUUCUCUUCUUUCUAUUUUGGCCUACCGUAGUUUAGAAAAGAAAAUUAACAUUUAUCACCAAAUUUAUCACCAAAUUUAUCACAUUUUGAUAGCUAUGCUGCUGGUUAUUUCUACAGCUUUAAUUUUAGAGAUGCUAAUUCAAACAUUACUGGUAUGGUAGUACCAUAACACAACAGUUGUAACAAUAUUUUAAAGGUUAGCAAAAAUUUAUCAGUUUUAAAAUUAGACCUGGAAGUAGUAGCAGUUGCCAGUUCAUUCCCAUUUUCAGCUCCAGCCUUAUUUCAGAUAUCGUGAUACAGUCAUACCUUGGUUUCUGAACGCCUUAGUUGUUUAACAAAUGAAAAUGAUGUCUGGAUGGUAUCUGACUAGUAAAAUUAGCAAAAAUGUACAAAAAUAUAGAAAGUAAGUGUUGGAAAUGUAAAACAGCAGAAUGGACAUUUUUCCAUAUGUGGUGAGAUUGUAAAAUUGUAAAGAAAUAUUGGGAAAUGAUUUAUAAUGAAAUAAAGAUGUUUAAAAUAGCUUUUGUUUAAAAACCGUAAGAUUUCUUACUAGGUAUUAUAGGAGUGGACAUACCAGGACUACAAAAGGACUUAUUUAUGUAUGCAACUAUGGCCGCACGAAUAUUGCUAGCACAACAUUGGAAAGGUGUCCUAGCCAAAGAAGAUUGGCAAGUCAAACUAAUGGAAUAGGAUUAAGUGGCAAAAUUGACAAUGAAACUAAGAGGAAGAGAGGACAAUGAAUUGAAGGAAGAUUGGAAGGACUUUAUUGCAUAAAUACAGAAGCAAUGCACACAGGUUAAUACAUUAGCAGGAUUCUA